UUGAAAGUGUGUGACGUGUAAACACAUAAUUAAGUAAAAACGUGGUGAAACAAAUUAUAUGCGAAAGUUAAAUACCGAAAUUAAAUGUAUUUUAUGAAAUAUUAUCUAAGUCAAGCAAAAAUUCGGUACAAAAGUAAUAAAGGCGGUGUAGAUUUGAAACUGCGUAAUCAGAAUGAUACGGAGUGUAUACAAAGUGUCGUUUGAAUUUCAUUUGACAGCUGUUGCGAAUGAUUGUAUGGGGAGCAGUGGACGCUAAUUGUCAGCUGAUUGAUGAGGAAGUAAUGUUGUUGCGCUCUUGCAUAAAUCCCAAAAAAAAAUAUUGAACGUAGAAUCGAACGUGUAAAAAUUAACAUAUAAUUAAGAAAAAAUCAAGUGYCUAACAAGGUCAAUACAUGCAAUUGAAAAUUUCGAGCCGAUUAAACACUAAAUUUGACAAAUUAAAUAUAGUAUCCUCCGAUAGAAAUUGUGUUUUGAUAGCAACAUUGUUUCGACCUUCACCACCAGCUGUGCGCGGCAACAAACAAAAAUCCAAUUGCUGAAAUUUCAAUGUGGUUUCACCAUCAAUUGUUCAAGUGCACUUCUAAACUAUAAUAUUGUAAUUGUGAUGGAAAACCUGCGUAUGUGAAAUUUAAGUAAUAAAAAAUUAAAAAAAAUCAAACUUCGGAACUGUAAUGAGAAUAAGAAGAUUUGCUGCGCUAGCUUUGUUAAAUUUAUUGAAUAAUUUGCUACACGCCUGGAAUUUGAUAGCUGUCCUUGAAAGGAAUUUUAUUUCUAUUUUACGGAGCAUACCUUUUUCAACACUCUUUUUCGUUGCAAUGGACGGCGAAGGUGGCGAACAACGUGAUCAUAUGGAACACGUACCAGGAGRACCUAUGGAUGAAGAUGAUGAGGAACCCGUGAUGGGUUUGGGAUAUGAUGUUGAUGACGAAGACGACGAAGAUGUUGAUGAAGAGAAUGACGAUGAUGAUGCGUCGGACAUGUCUAGCGACACAGAUUCCGACUAUUUUGUUGAAAUGGAUAGCGACGACGCAUCUGAUAAUUAUAUACCUGGUUAUGGUGGUGAUUCUUCAACCAAUUCGGAAAGCGAAAGUGAAGUUGGCAGUAGUAAAUUUUCUAAUCAAAGAAUUCGCAUGCCUAAUAAACCCAUAUAUACUUUUAAACCUCAACGUUUAAUGAAGUGUAAUUAUAAAAAGCAUUGUGCACCAAGAGACUAUCCCUUCGCGCGAAGUGGUCAUCGUGUUGUCGCUUCCGAAUCACAUCUCUAUACAUUAGGUGGUUACAAUCCAAGCAAUAGCAAUGCAGCCAUACAUGGCAGUGGCAUGCUUUUUCAAGAGCUAUGGCGUUUUAAUUUGGCAACUAAACGUUGGGUGCUGUUGCACAAUCCUUCAACGAAUCGAAAUAUGCCAGGGGAGUUGGCAUCAAAUGCACUUAUCAUUAGUAAUAAUUUAUUAAUCUCUUACGGUGGGACUGGAUAUCCCUUCGGCGAAUCUUGCUCAAAUGACUGCUAUAUUUAUCAAACACAAGUUGAUAAACCCAGUGUUAUGCGUAUUGAGGCUACUGGUGAUGCGCCAACACCACAGUAUGGUCCGGGCAUUGUCUUACACGAACAUUAUUUAUAUACAAUCGGUGGAACAACUGGCUAUGAUUACUCUUGUGAUGUGCAUCGUCUAAAUUUACGCACACGCGUGUGGGAAUGCGUUUAUAUAUGUCGACCAUAUAUACGCGAAGAUCCGGAGGGUCGUUAUCGACAUGAAGUGGUCUACGAUGGUCAGUAUAUCUAUGUGCUCGGGGGUGGCACUUCAAAUUUAGUAUACGAUUUGGAACGGAUUCCUGCAUUUAAUUUGGAAACGAAUCGGUGGGAAUAUUUUGACACCGUACCCGAUAGAUCAUCACAACCAAAUCAACAAGGUACGCGACCGAGUUCUGGGUACCCAAAACCAAGAAAGUGCUUUUCCUGCGUCCAGCAUACCACAUCUAAUGGCGAUGUCGAAGCUUUCAUAACAGGUGGCUUACAGUCUGAUCAAGUAUAUUUCGCUGAUAUAUGGAAAUUAAAUUUUACAACUAAACAAUGGACAUUAAUACAAACAGCGGCGCUACCAAAACCAUUGUACUUCCACGCAGCAGCUCAUAGCCAAAACGGUUGUAUGUACAUAUUCGGCGGAAUUGAAUAUGAUAUUAAGCGUAUACGUCGGUGCAAUGAUCUCUACAAAAUGUGGAUGACCAUACCAAAGUUAAGCGAAAUUUGCUGGGAGGCUGUGUUGCAUUAUAAGCCAAAUCUUAAAGCGUAUGGUCACACACAGCUACUUAAAAUGGGUAUACCACUACGCUUCGCUCAUCGCUUGUGGUAUUCUACCAAAACCAAAUGAUUAUUAAAGAAUUGAAUAGAACUAAAAAAACGCGACGUUUAAUUAACAGUGAUAAUAACUAUUAUUUUUUACUCCGUAGGAACAUUUGGCCAUUAACGCAUUAGUAUUGAAUAAACAAUUAACAGUAGUAAUGCGAAAAGCGAAGAAAAUAAUAUAUAAACAAAAUAAUUAUAUUUAUAAAUGGAAAACCUAAUGCUUAUGUAUCGUGUACAUCGAAAAUAACAGUGAACAUAACUUAGUGUGCCCCAUCUUUCAAACUUUCUUUCUAAUGCAAAAAAUAAUAUCAUAUAAAAUUUAAUAUAUUUCUGGCGCUCUAACAACUACAGUAGAUAUGUUAUUUUUUCUUUUUGAGAAAAGUAAGAAACACGCUUUCAAAGCUAGUCAUACAUACAUACAUACAUAUGUAUAUCGGAUAUCAUAGAACUUCACAACAUUAACAUCAAUACUCACUAUUAGAUUGGGCCACAACUCCUUUUGCAUACGCACACGAGCAUACAUACUGAUGUAUUUAUAUACAUACAUAUGUAAUUUAAAAUAAGUUAGUAACACCCAAUUUCAUAAGUGGUCGAGCAGAGUCUGAUAGCUUUAUGCUAAUAAUGAACCUACACGURUAUGUACGUAUAUAUGCCAUUAGAUUUUCCAAAUAAUAAGUAAUGUAAUUUAUAAAUAUAAUAA